UAAGAUUCUAAGAUUAUUUAGAGGAACAAUACAGUUGAAAAAUACUUACAUUUUUUACAAAUUGACAUACUUACUCUUUGAUACAAUACAUUUUUAAUGACAUGUCAAUUGAAAUAUGAAGCAAGAAGAAAAUGGAUGCUGUUAAAAUGUAUUCAAUUGAAUAAAUUUACUUUUGCAAGUAAUUUAUUGAAGAAUUAAUUUAUUUUCGUUGGCGUUGUUUCUAAAGUGGCGUCUUUAGAACAAACAAAUAAAAAAUUAUACGGAGUGCUUUUUUUAAGCGUACGCAGUGAUUCUGAUUUUCUUGACGCAAGUGUGAUUUAAAAAAGUGUGUGCGUGAAUUUUUAUUUGGUGACUAACCAACAAAAUGGAUCGAAAAAAUAACACAGAAGAUGAAGAAUUAAAGGAAAUAGUUGAAGAUCGUCUGUUAAGGGUGAAUGCACGACUAUUAGAUGGAUCAAAUGGCAAAGUAUUCUCGGUAUUACCAACCGAACGGGGACCACAAUGGCGUUGUCAUGCAUGUCAAGUCACCGUGUUGGGAUCUCGUGAAAUAUACAAACAUGAACGUUCAAAAGAUCAUGCACGAGUUAUGGUGGAAACAAAAGCACACCCACCAGAAAAUUUUCGAGAACAAUCUUUACCGCCACCGCCGCAUCAAACGUUGCUUGAAAUGAGCCUGGCACCUGGGGAACCUGUACCGCCUGGAUUUGAGGGUGAAGUACGCGGUAUUGCUGAGAUACAAAAGAAAUUAGAUGCUUUCACUUCUUCGCCGCUCAUUGGCUUGGAGUAUUUAUUUGAGUUACAUAGCUACGAUGAUAAAGAACCGCAUUAUAUUUGUAUUCUAUGCGAUAAACGUGGUGAUCCACGUACAGUUAUGGCACAUUUAAAUAGUUUUAAUCAUCGUAUGAAAUUUAUUGAAAGUCAUUUUCCAAAAAUUAACCAAAAAAUGCAAAAGUAUCGUUUGUGUAAAGAAUAUAAGAAAGUAUGUCAAAGUUUAAUAACAUCGAUUGCUGAAUAUAUUGAAAAACGAUUUGGACGUUUAGUACCACAUGCUUGCGAUAAAGAUUCAUUUGAGCGUAAACGUGAGAGUUACACGCAAAUUGUUGUGAAAGAUGUGCAUUUCUCUGAUAAAUAUGGUGAAACGUUAGAAGAACUUGUUCAUGAAAAACUUUUUGAAUCGCCUGAAGAUCAACAAGCUCAGAUUAAUCACGAUCCAUCUAAACCAAUACCAGGAUGUAAACCGCCUGAAAUUACUAAACGUCGAAGUCCGUCACCACCAAUUGUAAAUGCCCCAGGCAAAAACAAACAACGGCCUAAUUUUAACAACAGAAAUCCAACCCGCCGAUCUGAUAAAUCACCUUUAUCUUCAGUAUCUAGUUUAUCGUUCAGUGGUGAUUCAUCACCUGAACAUUCGUCAAAAUUCGAUCAAGUUCAACGUCGAACACGUGACCGUGAAAUUUAUGAGAAAUACGAACGAGACCGACGGCGAUCACGUUCAAGGAGUGGUUCAUUUUCAAGAUUUCGAUCUAGGCGUAGAUAUAAAUCACGUUCUAUAUCCAAAUCACCGCCUCCAAAAGGAGCUCGUUUUAUGUCUGGACGUUUCCCGUGGAAACGUAACGAUUACGUUCAAGCGCGUGAAAAAACUGAUUCAAGUAUUCGUAAGAAAUUAUCUCUAGAAGCUGCUCGUUGGGAAGAAUAUAAAAAGGGUAUUAUCAAAAUUGAAGAUGAACUUGAACACGUACUUCGUAAUCAUGAAAAAAAUCCUGAAAAACACCCACAAUAUCCUGAAGAAUGGAAAAAAUUUUGGAAUAGACGCUAUAAAGAAUUACAAGCGGAACAUAAAGAUCCAUCCAAGCAUGAUUUUAAACCAGAAUGGAUUGAUUUUUGGAAUAGACGUAUGAAAGAAAUGCAUGAAAGUGAGUUAAAAGCACGUAAAGAUGCACUUAGAAAACGAUUAAACUUACCUGAAGAACAACCACAACCAAUCAAAUUUAAAAUAGGUGCCAGAAAACCUGGAGGUCCAUCAAAUGACAUGCCAGCAAGUUCAUCUGACGAUGUCAUCGUUAUUGAAGACGUUAAAGAUGAUGAUUUUAAACCACAAUCACGGCGGACCGUAUCAAGAGAGCGUAGUGAUCGAUAUGAACGUAAACGAUCACACAGUCCUUGGGAAUCAGAUUAUGCGUAUAGCAUGGAUCGAUAUCCUUCAAAACGUGAUUACUACAAUCCUCAAAGAAUGCAAGAAAUGCGGCCCAAAAAAUAUAUGUCACAUAAUAUGAUGGAAUCAAGGCAUGAGGAACCUGAAGAUGACGAUGCACAAUUAAAUAUCGUAGCCGUUUUACGAUUGUUAACUGCGUUGGAAGAAAAAUUAGGCUCAUUAGGUCCAAAAGUUAUUGAUAUGCUAUCGACUGCCUUAGCAAUGGAGAAAACAGAAGCGAAUAGUGCAGAGACCCUUUUGGAUAAUGAUGUACAUUGUGUGUUAUUCGAAACAGUUAAAGAAAAAUUAAAAGGACAAUUAUUAGCUGGAUUGAUUGAACCACAAGCUGAAAAACCAGCGAAAAAUGCUAUAAAACGUAUUGCGUCACUAUUACAUAUAUCGUCGGAACGAAAACGGAAACGUGAGGAGACAUUAAAACAGAUAAAUAAUUCAAAACCAAAACCGUUAAGUGUACCUGGAAUCGGGGAAGUUGAUAAAGAAGCAAUUGCUAAACAAAUAACGGCUGCUUUAUUAACACAAGGUCGUACAAAUGUUACACAAGCUGAAUUGGAACAAUUGAUCGGAGCUGUCGUUGCUAUGUCACAAGCUAAAUCAUCAGGACAAAAUGUAACUACUGCUCAAUAUGUCGAUAAAAUGAAAAAUUCUGAAACGGAGAAAGUAAAAACAAUCACCCCAUCAACAGCUAUGUCGACUUCAUCGGCACUCUUAACAUUACAAUCAAGUCAAGGAAUGGAUUCGAGUGCUAUGGACGGAUUAUCUGAUUCUGAUUUAAAGACUUUAUUGCAAAAUUUCAAAGAUUUAUCAACAGAUGAACAACAUGGUUUAAUUUCAUAUCUAAAAAAAUUGGAAGCGCAUGAACCGGAAAGAGUUGAACGUUUAAGAAAAUUUGUAAAUUUAGAACCAUCAAAAGCUGCCUCAGAAGCAAGUAAAGAUGAAGAAAAACGUGAAGUACGAAGUCCAUCACCUGAACAAAAAUCCAUUGCACCAUCACAAUCCUCACGAAGCUUAAGUCCAUUUUCAAAACGAUGUAAUGACGUUGUUGAUAUAACAUCGCCCGUUCAUAAACCAGAAGUACCCGAUAAAUUUAAUCAAAACUCAAAUAAUUCGGGCUUUGUAAAAAUUGACUCAGACGAAGAUGACGAUUAUACAUAUGAAGAUGUUUUUAAGGCUGCAUCGAAAAAUUUAAAGGAUAAAGAAGAUGAAAAUAAUCGAAAUAAGGAAAAGGAAUCUUCAGAGUCAACAUCAAGCAGUGCAAUUGACCCGAAUGUAGUUUUAAAAGAUGCAAAAUUAAUGAUUGCAAAUAUUAUGGGUCAAUUAGGUCAGAAAAAUGCAAUUUCAUCGAAUGCAAUUACAUCGGCAUCAAAUGUUUUAAGCGAUAUGCCAACAAAAUCAUCGAAUUUAUUACACGAUAAUCGACCACCAAUAAAUCGACCUGUAAUAGAUAUUCAUGAAAACCGACCAAUUAAUCGACCUAUAGAUAUGCAUGAUAAUCGACCUCCAAUGAAUCGACCCAUGGAUAGUGGUACAGGAAAUAUAUUCCGAGAUUUUGACAAUCGACCUGGACCACCUUCUAGAAAUGAAUUUCCUCCAUAUUCUCAAAAUACAAAUUUCGAUAAUAAUCUACCGUCGUCGAAUUACUCCAAUUUUAAUAAUUCUAAUCAACCAGGAAUGCCAUUCCAACAGCGACCUCCUUUAAAUAAUCCAAAUUUCCAACAAGGUCCACCAUUCCAACAGGGCCCACCAAAACCAAAUCUAUAUGAUAAUAUUGGUGGUUUCGGUGAUCGAAAUCCUCCGUUUAAUAAUGGCGGUAACUUAGGAAAUCAGUUUAAUAAUCCAUAUGAUCAAUUUGGUAUACCCCCACAACAACAGUUCGAUAACCCUCCGUCUGGUAAUAAUUACUCGAAUCAAAAUUAUGAUGGACCACCAGGUGUUGGUGGAGGAUACAUGGGUCAACAACCUCCAGGCAACUAUAACAAUCCGAAUUCAUAUAAUUAUGGUCCUCCAUCAUUUAAUAAUCGUAACUUUUAUUAAACACAGCAUUCAUAAUUAAGUUUAAAAAAUAAUGUAUAUUAUAACACCUAUUUUCUGUAAAAAAAACUAAA